UGCGCAGUUCGGGUGAUCUAUGCACCAUGUUGUUUCACGUCAUGCUCGGAAUUGUGGCAUUUAUUUGCACCCUGAUCAAACUGAAUCUAAGAAAUCGUUUGUGGGGUACUAGUGGGUCGACAGGCUCCAAUAAACCUUGUCCCCCAGGCCCUUGGUGUUUCCCCCUUUUUGGGUACAUGCCAUUUUUUGCAUAUAAACCUCUCGAACGACUUCAGGCAUUGGCCUCCAACUAUGGCGAAAUCUGCACAAUUUUUCUAGGGCAAUACAGGGUUGUCGUGCUCAACAGCUACUACACGAUUCGGGAAGCUUUCAAAGAGGAUGCAUUUUCUGGGCGUCCAACCCUUAAAAUGUUGGAAGUUCGCAAUUCUGGUGCCAAUGUUGGCUUGGUCUGCAGUGAGGGAAAAACUUGGGCGGAACAACGCAAGUUCACAAUGCGACAUUUGCGAGAUCUUGGUUUUGGGAAACAAUCCAUGGAAGGACUUCUCCUUCAAGAAGUGAACGAGUUGAGCACAUGGCUGAGUGGGAAAGUUGGGACUCCUGUUGACCUAAAAGCUCGUCUCAAUCUCGCAGUUUUGAACGCCUUGUGGAGCAUCAUUUGUGGACAACGCUACUCUCACGACGAUGUUCGUCUUCAGAAAAUUGUCAACAAAACUUCUGCGGACUUGUCAGAAACUCAGUACACUGGGCCACUCUUAUUCCUCCCGUAAUCUAGAAAACAGUAUAAAGGCACAAUUUCAUCUAUAAUCAAGUAUUUCAUUCGAUUUAUUUAUAUUUAUAUGUGGCUGCUCAAGUUGGCCCCACGCCUCACUCGUUGGAAUGCUUUCGUUCACUCGAUCUCUGCCGUGCACCGAUUUCUGCAGGACAUAAUUGAGGAACACAAGCAAGAACGGAGCACACAAGGACGAAAUUCGGGAGGCAUGAAGGACUUUAUUGAUUUGUAUCUCUCCGAAAUUGAUGCCACGAGCGAUCCUGCGUCCAGUUUCUAUAAGGAACGCGGUGAGCAUUCACUGCUCAUCACCCUCUUGGACCUUUUCAUGGCUGGGGCUGAUACGACGAGCGCGACUCUGUACUGGGCCUUUCUCUACAUGGUCCUUCAUGAGGAUGUGCAGAGGAAAGUUCACAACGAAAUUGACCUGGUCCUUGGAAAUUCUCCUCCGUCUCUGGACCAUAAGAAAUUAAUGCCAUAUACCGAGGCUGUGUUGCUGGAAAUUUUAAGAAAGUCGUCACUGGUGCCGAUGGGUCUAUUUCACAGCACGACGUCUAACACUAAACUCUUGGGCUUUGACAUCCCAAAGGACACGGUGAUUAUGGCCAACUUGUACAAUCUCAACAACGAUGCUGCAUAUUGGGGUGACCCUCAAACAUUCAGACCAGAACGAUUUCUGGACGACUCUAAAACAACAGUGGUCAAAUUUGAAAGGUUCAUUCCGUUUUCGACAGGAAAAAGAUCCUGUCCUGGAGAAAAUCUAUCCAGAGAUCAACUCUUUUUAUUUUUCGUGGGUCUUCUUCAAAAGUUUAUAUUCGUUUCCGAUUACGCCAGACCUAAACCAUCGGAUAAGCCCAAUAAUGGUGUGAUUUUGAGUGCUAGCCCUUACACCGUCGUGGUUCGGAGCAGGGUGGUUGGAGUUGAAUAAAAUUUACAUGGAUCCAGACACAAAUUCAACAAAAAUAAACCAACUACUAUUUACUACAUAUUUGUGUAAAAUAAUUUAUUGAUACCCGAGUUUUGAUGAUGAUGUAAGCUUAAAUUACAAUCGU